AGAGCCUGGCGGGGAUAACCCCUCCCCAGUUCUUACAGCCCUGCGUUGCUACUGGCAGGCUGUUGUCUCUCCCUUUUAGUAAGCUUUCUGAGUUCUUGUCUGUUGUGUCUCUGUUGUAGCUAUUACUGGUGCCAGCGGGACGCACAAAAGCGCGGUUCCCGAAAAGCACAAGGGCUCACCGAUCCUCCCUGUUCCUUUCUCGGCGGAUCACAGUCCGUCCGAGCGGGCAGAGCGAGAGGGCCCCAGUUCGUUGCCGCCUCUGAGCGGAGAGAACGCGGCCAGGACGGAGGGGGGGCAUAGCGCUAGCCUGCCGGAGCGCAUUACGCGCCGUUCAUCGGCAGCGAUCGAAGAGAUGCAGCAAAGGGAGAAAGCAGCCUUCCAGCGGUUGUCGGCUCGGAUCAGAGCGGGAGUGGCUCGUCCGGUCGCUAAUCCCCCUCCCUCACAAGCCGAAAUGCGAGCUACAGCGGAGGGGUGCCUAAUGGCGUCUCGAGCAGGCGAGGAAGAAGCUGCACAAGAGGGCGCCCUCAUUGUUAAUCCAGGAGAAAAACCCGCCAAAAAUCAGGACGCUCCCCAUCAGCUGCAGACAGCACUGCUGAGCUCUGACCAGGGGGAGGGGGGUGCUGGGCCCGCUGGGGGGGCUAAACCCCAACCUAGGCCAAGAUCAGUCCCACCUGAGUGGCAGGCUUGGCUGAAACAUGCUAUGGGGGACACCGUUUUUCAACUAAAGCCCACUAAGCAGCCAAAGAAAUCUAGACAGCGCAGCUGUCCCUCCUCUUCCACCUCUGAGGUUUCGUCUGACUCCAGUUCGUCUGAACCUAUACAUAAGAAGCAAAAAUCAAAGAAAAAACGUUGUAAAAAGAGUAUUUAAAAAAAAUAGCUGUUAGAAAAGCUAUUUCAGUGCAUUCUUCAGAAGUUUCAGGGGAAGAGUCAGGGGAAUCAGCUUGAAGUGGCUGUGAAGAGCGCUUUCGGAGGCUCCCUAUUGCCAACGCCCCGCCAACCUCGGAAGAGAUUAGGCGGAUUGGCGAGCUGGCUAGCAACCUGACCGGCAGGGCAGCAAGGCCAUCACAGGCAUCUCCUGCCCCUCCUAAGAUGGCGACGGUUGCGAAGAAUCCCUCCAUUUUACCUGAAGGAGCCGGUGAUGUAAAAGGGAGACCGUCUCUAAAAGGGCGGGAAAAGCCUAAGACUGUGACUAUGGUGUUUGGCCAGCAGGGGGAGUCUGCUGCAGAGACGGGGCCUAAAGCAUCCUCCAGUUCUAACUCUGCUGUUUUACCUAAGCCUGUGCUGCCACCUGAGUAGCAGGCAUGGUUUCGCAAUGCAAUCAUUGGCACCAUCUGCCAGGUUAGGCCCCCUAAGAGGAGUGAGAGAUCCACAAAGGGGAGAAGGCAUAGGUCACCCAGUCUGAGCUCCUCACCUAGCGAGUUGCAAACCACUACAGAUAUGUUGAGGACACCAAAUGCGGAUGCCCUGAUUUUGCAAUUGGUGUCGGAUUCCUUGGUAUCUCGAGAGGGUGAGUUUUCCCUAAAAGACAUAGCUGACAAGAAGGCCUAGCUGUCCUUUAAUCGUGUCAUGAGAACGUGUCCCUGGUGGUCCAUGCAACAGCGGCAGCAUCCAGGGCAGUCGUGACUCCUUAUUAUAGGUGAUCAAUCUUCUGAGUGAUCCUCCAGGGGACCUAGUUAAGAUGUGACGGCAACUAUUAAAGAUCCAGAAGGCGCAGGCCCUUAUGGCCGAUGCCACUCUUGAUACGAUUAGAUUCUCAGCGCGGUUUCAUCAUUUGUUGGCAGACGCCACUUGUGACUCAAAAGUGGACAGUUGGUUCUACUGCUAGGCUUAACCUCGCUACCGUCUCUUACGACGGCAAGAAGCUUUUUGGUGAGUCUGCCCUACAAGACAUGCUUGUAGAAUUGUCUGAUAAGUGAAAGAUGAUGCCUUCAACCAAUUAAAAGACUGAUAAACAGCCUUUCAAAAGGCCCUUCCAAUACAAUCGGCCCUUUCAUAGCUUCUGGCCCUUCAGGGGCCGGGACAGAGAUACAAAAUUCCAGAGGGGAUCUUGGAAUCGUCAGAGAGCACCCUUUAGAGGGUUUGGUACCUACAAACAGCAAGCUGCUUAGUCAAAAGCUACAAUGACUUGAAGCAGGGAGACCUGCUCUCUUCUAUCGACUUAAAGGAGGCAUACCUACAUAUACCUAUCCAUCCAAAGAGCAGGCGGUUUCUACGUUUCAAGUCGAUCUACAGUACAAGGCUCUGCCGUUCGGCCUGGCAUCCGCACCCAGGGUCUUCACCAAGGUCCUGGCACCAAUCAUGGCCCACCUGAGACUACGAGGGGUCCACAUUUUUGCGUAUUUAGAUGAUCUUCUCGUGAAAUCAAGCUCUCCAGAAGCAGCAGCAGUCGACCUAGCAGUGACUCUAUCCACUCUGGAACAACACGGGUUCCUCAUAAACAAAAAGAAAAGCUACCUGAUGCCCACUCACAGGAUUCAACAUCUGGGAGUGGUCAUAGAUACCUUGCAAGCGCUCCUUUUUCUACCAAGGGAAAGAAUGCAAACGCUCAUAUCAGAAGCAUGUUUGGCCUUCCAGUUAUGGGAGAGCCCAGUACUAUCCCUGGCAAGGCUACUGGGGCUAAUGGUCUCCACGCUGGAGGCAGUUCCUUGGGCGAGGUUCCACCUCAGGGAGUUGCAGUGGUUCCUCCCUGACGUUCCAAUCUUUCAUUUCCAGAAGAAAGAACAUGAUGGUCCAUAUGCCGUCCAGGGUCAGGUUAUCGCUUCGGUGGUGGAGUUCCCCACAGAACUUGUCCAGAAGGAAGAGAUUCUUAGAGUUCCCGAGAACGAUCGUGACGACGGACGCCAGCAACAGAGGUUGGGGAGCUCACUGUCUCCAAUUCUCGGUCCAAGGGCAAUGGAGUCAGGAAGAAAAGAAACACUCAAUAAACUGGCUGGAGCUGAGAGCCAUCAGGCUAGCACUCUUAAAUCUCCGCUCUCAAGUGUCAGGCCGGGAUGUCCUGAUAAAGACGGACAAUACAACAGCAAAGGCCCACGUCAACAGGCAGGGCAGUACGAGGUCCAGGUCCCUGUAUCAGGAAUCGAUCCUUCUGAUGAGUUGAGCAGAACGCCAUCUGAAAUCCAUCACAGCCCACCAUGUGAAAGGGGACCUCAACUCAGUUGCCGAUUGGCUCAGCAGAGAGGAUCUACUCCCAGGAGAAUGGGCAUUGAACAUUCAAGUUUUCAAACAACUGACACGCAAGUGGGAGUCCCCAGUGGUAGAUCUGUUUGCAGCACCUCUCAACGCAAAGCUAAACAGGUACAUCACCAGGUUCCACUGCCGGACGGCGGUGGGGACAGAUGCCCUGUCCUGCCAAUGGCCAAGGGGCGUACUGUAUGCCUUUCCUCCAAUACCACUUCUAACGCAAGGGUUAAGGAGAAUAAGAGAACAAAAGACAGAGGUCAUCCUAGUGGCUCCCUACUGGCCAGGAAGACCGUGGUUUGCCGAGCUGGUUUCUCUAACCACGGACAGGCCGUGGCAUCUACCAGUCGGGCCAGACCUGCUGCUCCAGGGACCAGUGCGUCACCCGAACCCAGCAUGGUUUCAGCUAGCCGCAUGGAGACUGAGCGGCGGUUGCUGAACGCACAGGGACUAACACAAAAGGUGGCUACUACCAUCCUGGCCUCUCGACGUCCUUCCACAAACAGGAUAUACCAAUAUACAUGAGGGCAUUUCUCUGUUGGUCUUUCCAACAUCAGAUCCCAAGAGGUCAGGCCACACUAAACCACCUUCUACAGUUUCUACAGGACGGGCCUGAUAAGGGUCUAAGACCAAACACACUCAGACGACAGGCGGCCUCUCUGAUCCCGCUACUGAUGGGGAAGGUGACAAAGUUAUCGAUAUCACACCCUCUGAUAAGACGAUUCUUAAGAGGGGCGACUUUGCUGUCAUCACUGGUGGCACACCACUUCCCUACAUGGAAUCUCAACCUUGUACUGAAAGCGUUGCAACGUACACCGUUUGAACCCAUCAGAUCGAUUUCUCUCAGAUUAUUAUCCAUGAAGCUGGCCUUCCUGGUGGGCAUGAGGUCGGCAAGGCAGGUGUCCAAAUUAAGGUCACUGUCAGUGCAUAAAUCCUACUGCAUAUUUUCACAGGAUGCGGCUCGUCUGAUACCGGACCCAUUCAGCCGUCCAAGGGUCCUGUCGGAUUUCCUUAUGGCACAGGAUGUAUACCUUCCAUCAUUCUGCCCACAUCCGACACACCCUCAAGAAAAGCUGUGGCAUAAACUUGAUGUACAGUGCUGCCUGAAAUGAUACAUUGAACGCUCUGUGGAUUUUAGGAAGUCAGACUCCCUUUUCGUUUCAUAUUUACCAGCAUCUAUGGGAGAAGCAGUUUCUGCUAGAACAAUCGCAAGAUGGAUCAUAGCUUGCAUUUCUCUGGCAUAUGAGACUCAAAAGGUGCGCCCACCUGAGCACAUACUAGCUCAUUCCACUAGAUCAAUGGCUACGUCAGCGGCUUUCACUACUAAUGCACCGGUUCAAGAAAUAUGUAAGGCGGCGGUCUGGAAGAAUCUCUCCACUUUUAUUAAACACUAUAAGCUAGACUUAUAUGCCUCCGCUCAGGCGGCCUUUGGGAGGCGGGUUCUUCAGGGAGUUCUUCCCCAGAAAUAGAAAAAAUCUGUGGGAUCCCUCCUGGAGACGUAGCAAUAGCAAUAGCACUUACAUUUAUAUACCGCUCUAUAGCUGGAGCUCUCUAAGCGGUUUACAAUGAUUUUAGCAUAUUGCCCCCAACAUUCUGGGUACUCAUUUUACCGACCUCGGAAGGAUGGAAGGCUGAGUCAACCUUGACGUACUGCUUGGGUAUGUCCCAAUGAGAUGCCUUGAUAGCAGCAACCGAGAACAGAGCAUUGGUCACUUACCGUGAAGGCUUCUUCUGGUUGCUGCUGUCAAGGCAUCUCAGCCCACCCUAAGUUUCUGGUUAUUAUUACAUGUAUAUAGUUUAGGCUUGCUCUACUCCAAGGGAAGAUUUUUGGGGAAGAUUGUAAGGAAACGUCUUGUCCUUUCAGGCUAUUUCAGUCAUUUGGACCCUUAUGUUUCCUCUGCUGUAUUCAGUUAUUCUAUUACAUAUGGUUAUAUGUACUUUAUCUGUUAACUCGGCCUAUAAGAACUGGGGAAGGGUUAUCCCCGUCAGGCUCUAUAGGCUUUUUCUAUUAGAAUUUACAUAGUCCUGCCCAGGAGCAUGUGACAAGGAUAACCCAAUGAGAUGCCUUGACAGCAGCAAUCAGAAGAAGCCUUCACGGUAAGUGACCAAUGCUCCGUUCUCCCUCCAACACGCUUCAUGCAUGUGAACUCUGUGGGACCCCUCGGGCCAAUGGUAUCCCCUUCUGGACCCUCCCCUCGAGCGAGAGAGAGGGAGAGAGAGGACCAAAGCCACACCAAAGCACUACCUCCAAUUGCCAUACUUGAGAGGUGGUCCAGAAGGGUACCAUGAUUGGUGGUAUCAAACGCCGCUGAGACGUUUCAUGUAAUUGGAUGACUGUGUGUGUGUCUGCAUAUGCACUGAUGCAGAAAUGCAAUGUAAACAGGAAAUCUCAAAGGCCAUGAAGUGAAAGAGAGAAUGGUAGAUCUGUGAUUGUCUUUUAUGUCAUGUGCUUAUCCUGAUCUCCAGGUUAGUGAGAGAAAGCAAUGACUAUCUCACUCACACAAUGCAUGGUUCUAUAUACUGCUUCUCAUGUCCUUCCUUACUAAUUAAAGAGUCACAAAGUGCUAGUCUUUAAUGAUGGCAUCCCUUCGGUGUGGCACUCUCAUUUGUGAAUAUAAUAUAUAAUAUUGUGGAAGUUCCAGGUUAAAACUCUUUCAACGCUAAACCCUUUAUAAACUGACUGGCCUUUUGCAAGUCACUGUAUUUUUCAGACUUUGUGUCUGAUGGGGGAAAAUGGGGCAGAGAAAUCUUAUAACUUAUACUGAGCCUUUGGACUAAGUGACCCUCUUCU